AAUCCAAUCUCCUCGCUCUCUUCUCUUUUAGAUUGCUUGGGGACCCCAAUUGUGUACGCUCCCGUCAAAGCCGACCUAGCCGGGAACAUUAAGAAAAUCCGAGCUGUUUAUGAGACGAACCCGACCAAGUUUAAAACGCUGCAGAACAUCCUGGAAGCGGAGAAGGAGAUGUAUGGCUCCGCUUGGCCAAAAGUUGGGGCCACUUUGGCACUCAUGUGGCUGAAAAGGGGCCUGAAGUUCAUCCAGGUGCUGAUGCAGAGCCUCUGUGACGGCGAGAGGGACGAGGAGAACCCCAACCUCAUCCGGGUCAAUGCCACCAAGGCCUACGAGAUGGCCCUGCGGAAGUACCACGGCUGGAUCCUGCAGAAGCUCUUCUUGGGCUCUGUGUACGCUCUCCCCUACAAAUCGGAUUUGCUGAAAGCCUUAGAGAUGGGCAAGGAAGUGAAAGAGGAGGAGACCCUGGAGAAGAUCCACCAGUUUCUAACGAGAGUGACGCCCAUCCUGGACGCCAUUUACGAGAUGUACACCAAGAUGAACGCCGAGCUGAACUAUAAGGCCUGAGUGUGGGCCCUCCCCGUCUCAGCCGGGCACGGAGGAGGAGGGAGGAGGCCUCCCGCUUUCCUCUGGCAAGGCCACCAAGGUCACUGUGAGCCCUCGGCUGGGCCUGGACUGCCCUUCCCCAGGAUUGCCUUUCCCACUCGAGCAGCAGCAGCAUCGGGCUUUCCCCGCGGUCUCUUUGGAUCUUCCUGAAAGAGCUGCCCCCUCUCCCUUCAAGAGCCAGAGCUCAAGAACUCUUUUCGUAGCCUUUACCUAGUAGAUUUAUUUAAAAACUGGUCUUGGGGAAGCAAGGGGGUGUCUGGGGAGAACACUUAGCAAAGGGGCACCGUAUCCUUGCCUUAAUCUCUUUUUCCAGCAAGACUGUCUCUUCCUCUAACCUCUGUAUGUUUGGGCUGCCCGAGAAGGUCAAUGCACAACGGCCUUGUCUGGAGGCAUCUGGGAGCUUCCCUUUGGAGCCUCGUCGAGUGUGCGACAAGCAGACCUUUCUCCAGACAGAGGGGUGUGUGGGAGUGUGUGUGUGCGUGGUCCGCAGGAACCAGCCCUCGGACCUUUCCGAAGUGACGUGCUUAACCUCCUGGGAGUCCAAAUGGGUCUCUCCUCUUCAGGGAUAACUGGCUCCGGCUGAAAACUACCUGUCAUUUUUACCUGUCCGUUUUUAAGAGAUGCUCUUUUUUCCGAGAUGCGAGAACCGUUCGAGGCCUUCGGAAGUGGUCUUCUGCCCACCAGAGCCUUACUGUUUUAUUUUUGGAGUAGCAAUGUUGUGGGGUGGGGGGGAAACAAAGAAUAAAGUCUAAUGAGGGCAUGUAGAUGGCUGUGUCUUG